AAUAAGUUGACCUAUAUGUGGCCUGUACUUCCAAAUGGAGAAUUAAAUCAGGCUUUUGACUGGCCCAUUGAAGGUCUGCUGAUUCCAAACAGCCCUCCACUAAAGAAACCUGCUGGUAAGAAAUCAGAUGUCAACAUGCCUUUGAGACUGAAGGUUUUGAGGAAUGGCGAGCCAGACAAAGACAAAGCCAUCUCUCUUCUUGGACUUGACUCUGCAUCUGUGAUAAGAAAACAGUGUACCACAGCACUGAAUUUGCCUUUUGCUGCAAGGAGGCUGUUCACUGAAAAAGGAGUGGAACUCUUUGUCUUGAAAGACUUGGAGAAGGAUCAGCUGCUUUACAUAUCAUGUGGAGAGCAAUGGAUUGAUCCACAGUGGACUAUGGCUCAACAUAAGAAACGUCUCCAGUGUAAUAAUUUAGCAUCUGAUAUAAUGGCUAUGCGUGCAUACUGUGUCAUGAGAAAUACAAAAAAUUUUGUUUUGGAAGUCAAGAAUGACAUUGUUGCUGGUGCCAAACUUUCUGUUGCAAGAGCUAUAGUAGAAUUUGAAGGAAAAAAAGGUCUUGAAGAGCCAGAGAAAGAAAAAUGUGAAGAAAACAUUGAAAGAAUAAAAGAUGGCACAGAUAAAUCUCUAAAUUCACACAUAAGGUCACAUCUUAAAUCAGAAGCAUAUUAUAAGCCUACAAAAUAUGUCUGGCAGCAAGUUUCCUAUGAUUUUGAUGAGGACUGCAACUUUCAGAAGGAAAAAGAUGAGCAGUUCUUUGAAGAUGCAGAGUUAUAUAAAAAAUACAGGCAUAAACCAAAACUGGCUGAAGAACUGCAGGAAGCCCACCAUCAACAGUUUGAAUUUAGAAAUGGGAAGAUCUUCAACUGCAGUUUUCCAAAUCUUGUACUGGGUGUGGAGAAUGUUGAUCUUCAUUCUGGCACUGAAGUGGUUUUGUUGGAAAAGAAGUCUGAUGAUAUCAAGCAACAUUGGAUAUGGAGAGAGGAAAACAGGUCCUUUCACCUUAUAAUUGAUCCAGAUCUAGUGCUCGCGGUAUCAAUGCCCAGUGUACUGAAUGGAAGUCCAAAAUUUCCACUGGAAAUACAAGGGUGUCCUGUUAUCCUUCAGAAAUACAAACAACAUAAAUAUGGAGCUGCCAACCAAAAGUGGAAUUUCACAGAAACAAAAGUUUUUAGUGCCUUUUACAGCACAAUAUUGGAUCAAGAAAUCACAGCAGCAAACUAUGCUUCUAUUUGCACAUUUACUGUGGCCAAGACAGAGAAAAUUGACCAACCAGGCUACUAUUUUCUUUCACCAUGUGGAAAGAAGAAAAUAAUGAUAUGUUUGGCUUGUGGAAGGACCAUCAGAGGAAAGAAAGAACUGAAAAAAUUGCUCCCUGGUACUAUAUUUUCCUGUGCCUCUGGGUUCCAGGACAGAAAUCAUUUAUCCAUUUGUCCUUUUAAGUGUGUUGAUGUUAACAAGAUUGAUUUAUUCUCUGAUAAAGCGGAAUCCACCCUGCAUUAUUUAGAAGAAGUUCUAGCAUCCUUAAAGACUGAAACCUCCUUGCAAAUGAUCUCAGAAAAGAUAACUGCAGCUCUAAACAUAAAAACAGUAAAAAUAAUUGCAUACAAAAAUGGAGAUGGAUAUCGAAAUGGGCAACUAAUUAUUGCUCACACAUUCCCUACGCUGCUUUCAUUAUGUACAAGGCGUCUUGAACUUAGCAGGACAGCUUGUAAACUAUAUAACAGUGAAGGGACUCUGAUCCUCACACUGCAGGAUUUAGUCUUGUGUGCAGUGAAUGAUUAUCUCAAAAAGCAAGAAACCGAAGAAAGAGAUGAAGAAGCCAUUUCUGAUCCUGGCUUUAAACAAAUUGCAUCUGUGUUUUCAGGGAAAGAUAAGGAUAAGAACAUCAAAUUUACAUCAUCAAUGAUAACAUCAGAUAUUGAUCAUUUUGUACUCACCAACAUUCUUAGAAAUCCAGUUGAGGUCUGGGUUUCCAGUGGAGAACCUUUUCUGCCUUUGGAUACUUUGCAAAACACAGAGAGGCAGGAAAGACAGAAGUGGCUAGAAAAAGAUAAAAUUCUGGCAGACCUUAAUGCAAUGAAACACAAAAUGAGGCAACUGCAAGGGCGUCGCAUAACAAAAUAUAAAGCUGCUGAUUUGGUGCCCACUAAGAGCCCUUUCCAGCCUGUGGUAGUAGAAGGAGGCUGGACUGAAGAAACUCAAGAAGAGAUGAAGCUUAUGGAAACUAUACAACACACAGAGAUGCACCUUUCAGAGCUUCACGCACUGCAGUUCAAAAGAAGUUCUCCCUUUUCCCCUAAAUUACUUGCAAAAAAUGACCAAGGUCUCUACAAGCAGCCCACAACCAAAAGAGUGUGGGCUUAUGCAAAUGGAAAUAUACCUGAGCAAGGAGCACAUGUUUGGGGAAAAACCAUUAUAGAGCUACUUGACAGUUGUACAACUCAUCUAAAAAUGCCACAGCCUGCAAAGAUACUAUAUACACCUGAUGGACACCAGCUGCAAUCAUGGGAAGAAAUAGAAAGAGACAUGAUUGUUUGUGUUUCUACAGGACAUGCCUUUAUGAGCCAAAAAGCCAUAAAGCAUGAAAUAGAAAUUAGAGCUCAUUAUGCAAGAAUUCGGAAGCAGCAAGGUCCAGAAUCUACCAACGUUAUUGUCUCACCGUCAGCAAAAGUUAUAGACAAGUUCAGCAUGAAUAGCUCGCUCUUGGCUCUUACUUGCAGAACUCAUGAACAUGCCACUGACUAG